CUGCUGUGAUGGUUACCCGUGUCGUUAAUUUGCGCAUGUGCUGUGUUAUCGUAUACACGUGCGCCGCAAACGCACGGCACUAGGCGCCUCUGACGGCGUGCGUGUGCCGCCUCUCGCCGCAGGGUGAAAUGCUUGAAUGAAAAGCGGCGCCGGGAGCUGGAAAAUGCGUACAUCAGCGAGCUGGCUAACUUGAUCUCCACCACGGAUAUGGCCCAGAAUGGCAAGAAGGACAAGUGCGUAAUUCUACAGGAGACUGUCAAUCAGAUAAAGAAUAUUAAGGGCCAGCAGGACGGUGCGACUGAUGCUGUGCAACAGGGCGAAGUGAGCUCGUCUCGUCCUGCCAUAUCCGCCCACGACUUUGGUCCUCUGCUGCUGGAGGCCCUGGCAUCGUUCUUUUUCAUCGUCAACUCCGACUACCGGAUCGAGUACAUUACGGAGAACGUCACCGAGUUUUUAAAGUAUCGUCGCGAGGAGCUGCAAGGCGAUUCGAUCUUCAACUACAUCCACCUCGGCGACCACCACAGCUUCUCCAGCAUCCUGGUCCCGAUGAUACGCAGCACGUACG